UUCGGGAACGUCGACGUCGUGGGGAGGCCCCACGCGGGCACCCCGAUGGGGUCCUCCGGCCUCGCCGCCACGCUCCGCGCGGCAGCCGCGAUGCUCCGGCUGGAUGCGGAGUGGGACUGGUUCGUCACGCUCAACGCCGCGGACUACCCUCUUCUCACGCAGGACGACUUAAUUCAUGUUUUCUCCUCUGUUCCAAGGCACCUCAACUUUAUUGAUCACACCAGUGACAUUGGAUGGAAAGAGUCUCAGAGAGUGCAACCGAUUAUAGUAGAUGCCGGAAUAUACUUGGCAGGGAGGAAUCAGUUCUUCCAAGCCACGGAGAAACGGGACACUCCUGAUGGUUUCAAAUUUUUCACAGGUUCUCCAUGGGUCAUUUUAAACAGACGCUUUAUUGAGUAUUGUGUUUUUGGUUGGGAGAAUCUCCCUAGAACACUCCUCAUGUACUUCACAAAUGUGAUGCUACCUCUGGAGGGGUAUUUCCAUUCGGUUGCAUGCAACUCGGACUUCCGCAAUUUCACAGUGAACAAUGACUUGCGGUAUAUGGAGUGGGACGAUCCACCUCAGAUGGAACCCCAUUUCCUAAAUGUUACACAUUAUGAUGAGCUAGUGGGGAGCGGAGUUCCUUUUGCCCGGAAGUUUAAGGAGAAUGAACCCUUGUUGGACAAGAUUGAUGAUAAAGUACUCCGGCGAUGGCGUCACCGACCUGUUCCUGGUGCCUGGUGCACAGGCAGGAGGAGGUGGUUCAGUGAUCCUUGUUCCCAGUGGAGCAACGUCAACAUUGUAAGACCUGGCCCUCAAGCUGAGAAGUUCCGCAGAUAUAUAAACCAGAUUUUAGAAGAAUCAAAGUCAAGUAACAACUCUUGCAAGCAAUAGCAGUAGCAUCCAAUCAUGAGGCUCCAGUUCCUGCAGUUGAAGUGUUGAGCUUGUCCCAUUUUGCAUAGAGGGGCUCUCCAUGUCUCGAGCUUCAUGGCAUCUGCUUCAGGAGCAAGCAUUUUUGCACCUGGGGUAUGAGCACACGACCAAGGUGAGAGAUGGGUUUAUUCUUUCCAGAUUGUUUUGGUUACUGUCAUGGCUUCAAAGGCUUAGUGCAUACAAGCGUUUGAGAAGCCAAGAGAGCUUACGGUGGGAACAUGAAGCUAAUAGGCAGUGUAAUUAGUAGCAAUCAGUUGAAUGACUUGUGCCUUUGUUUAUAGAACUGAUGGAAUUCUUGGGGCUUCCAUACAGAAUUGAGAAAAUGAAGAACGGAGGAAUCUUGUUGGUUGGUCAUGGUUAUUGCUGUUGUGGACCUGUGGUUAAUACAACGCUUACAGAUUUUUUUUUUCUUGA